UCAAGAGCAGAAUUUGUUGUGGGAAAGAAAAGUGAAAAUUCGAACUCUAUAUAAAUCGCAGUCGAAAUAGCUUUAUUCACAUUACUACCCAGACGGAACACAACGAAGAAGAAGAAGAUGAAUUCUCUACUUUACUUCUGCGCACUUUGUGUUAUACUGUCAAGUCCAGCAUAUGGUUACCGUUGGUGUUGCAAGUCGAUUGCCGAGUUUCGGAAAUGUUCGGUGUUAAGUGGAGGAAACAGCGCAUUCCAGUUCAGCUGUGUACUUGCCAAUGGAACUGCUGACUGCAUGGACAAAAUUGCGCACGAUACCGCUGAUAUAAUAGACCUGGACAGCGGGGACGUUUUCAAAUACAGAGAUCAAAUAACAGUUAUCGGUGCUGAAGAUUACGGCAAUGGAGUUGCCAAAUACCACGCUAUUGCCGUCGUUCGUAAGAACGCAGACCCAAGCAUUAGUUUGCAUAACCUUGCUCAUCGAAGAACCUGCCAUACAGCUGUGGGGAAAACGGCAGGUUGGAACAUGCCUAUAGGAUGGAUGAUACGCAACAACAUCAGUCCGAGCAAUUUCGACAGCAGUUGUGCUCCUGGCGCCAUGGACCCAGAACACCAAGACGUUGUUCCAGAUAACGACUACGAAAAAUGGUGCCGAAACUGCAUCGGUGACGUGUUAGGUAGACACGUAUGCGACCGAGAUCAAGACGAACGUUUUUACGGUUACGACGGUGCAUUCGAUUGCAUGAGUUCUGGCAGUGGGGACGUGGCGUUUAUAAAAGAAACUAUCAUUCUUAAAAAGGAUUUCCAAAACUAUAUGCUGUUGUGUCCAGAUUCACCGCGCAGAGCAAGCCCUCUUGAAUGGAGAAACUGCAACCUGGGUCGUGUUCCCUCUCAUGGCGUUGUUAUGAAACGAGGCACAUCAGCCGAUGUGAUAAACCACACACUUGAAAUUCUCCGCGCAUCAGCAGCAAGUAUACACAACUUUAGCACUCUGAUGGGAAAAAAUCUACUCUGGAGUUCUUCCACUCGUGGAUUUGUUAAUGCGCCCGCAGAUCCUCAGGAGUUCUUAGGCCACGAUUUCUUCUGCAACACGUAUUCGAUUACUUAUGGAGAACCCCACCAAGAUUGCUAAUAUCGUUUCAACAUCGAAAUUUAGUCAUCUUGAUGUAUAUAGUAUUGUGAAUAUUAUUGUGUGACAUUAUAAAGGACACACAUGAGUUUGUGCUACUAAAGCUACUGUUUCAUUUA